UUUUGGGUAAUAAUUUUUGAAUGGAUACUUCGAAUAUUUGUAUGAUUUGUCUAGGAAAUAGAGAAAAACUGAUUAGCAUUGGGGAAAUAAAUUCAUCAGAAAUAUGUCUAAGAGUAAAAUUAGAAAAAUGUGUUCCAGAACUAAAUUGGAUGGACAGUUACGAGAUUUGCUUGAACUGUUGUGAACAAUUGAAAAAUGCAUACAAUUUUCGGGAACUUUGUUUGAAAUCAGAAAAGGCUAGAUUUGAAUUAUGGGAAAAACUCACUCACUUGCAAACUGAAAAUAAGCAAAUCAUAAAAUUAGCAGAAAGUUUAAAUACCCCUGAAUAUUACAGAUGUGAUAUAAAAACAGAAGAAGAAACGCCUGCUGGUUUUUCAAAUUUUAUUAAUUUGCGGUCAGAAGAACAGCAAAAUAUAGAAUCAAAAGAAAAUCUUGAUUCAUCUAAAGAUGAUAAGUCAAUCAUAAAUACAGAAAAAGAUUCAAACACUGAUUCAAGUUCAAACUGUAUCAAGAAACUUUCAAAUGGGACAAUAGAACCUACAUGUAUUAAUAUUCAGAAUGGAAAAUUCAAAGAUUUAUUUUGUAAAUAUUGUUGUACACAAUAUACUGAUGAAAAAUUAUUUAUUAUACAUGAAAAAACUUGUGUUCCAAUUGAAACUAAAAAUAACUUGAAUGAUUGUAAGGACAGAAGUGUUGAAACUGAACAUAAUGAAGAUAAAAUACAACUUGGUGGAAAUGCAAAUAAAUGUGAUGUUUGUGGAACUCUCUUCAAUAAUAAAUACCUAUUGAAGCGUCAUAAAAAAAAUGUGCAUGCUACAGAGAAAAAUUUCAAAUGUGAUCAAUGCCCUAGUACAUUUGUUUCUUUAGUUUAUUUGAAUGCCCACAAAAAGUAUCACUCAGGGGAUAGAAAACAUGUUUGUUCAUUCUGUGGAAAGAGAUACAUAACAGCUAGUGAUUUAUAUCAUCAUGAAAAAAUACAUGCAAAUAAAAGGGCAUAUAAGUGUGAAGAAUGCAAAAAAGCUUUCAAUACUUCUUCAGAUUUACAUAAACAUAAAAUAUGUGUACAUAUGGAUAGGAGUUUAUGGAAAUACUCCUGUGAAUAUUGUUUACGUCAAUUUCCUUUAAAGAUUAAUCUAGAUAAUCAUAUUAAAACACAUACUGGUGAAAAAAAUUUCUCUUGUCAUUUGUGUGAUAAAAAGUGCAUAUCCAGAUCUGCUUUGGUUAGACAUAUCGAAAGUCAUACUAAUAUCAAAUCAUUCAAAUGUAAUUUUUGUAAUUUGAGCUACAAGUAUAAGAAAUCUCUUGAGUUCCAUAUAGUUAAAAAGCAUGGAAUUGGUAACGCUAAAGUCCCUGAAAAGGUAAAAAAAUAUUUUUGUCAUCUGUGUCCAAAGAGAUAUUAUGCAAACAGCAAACUUGAAAAACAUAUAAGAAGUCAUACAGGAGAUAAACCUUUCAAAUGUCCAACUUGUAGUAAAUGUUUUGUCGAUAAAAGUUAUAUAAAGCAGCAUCUAAGGAUUGCACAUAAUCAAAAUGUAUGAACUAUGUGGCAUUAACAGUCUACUAAGGAGAUAAAGUAAUGAUUUUGAUAAUAUACAGAAAAUUUCAAAAGAAAGCUGACAGUAUUGAAAAAUUAGUGAAAUAACAAAGAAACUGACAUGUUUUUCACUAACAAAACAUCACCAUCGAGAGCUUUAGGAAAUGUCCCAAACUAAUAUCCCCAAAUAAAUGUAGAAUAUUACUUGAACAAGCCUACAACGAACAAAAUAUUUGUCAUUUAAUUUCAGUCCUUUAUAUUACAGAAUAUUAUUGGGGUUUGAAGAGGAAAAGAUGUAGAUAUAUCAUAUAAUGGUUUUCUAUCUCAAUUUCUAAAUACUAUGAAUGAUGAUUUGCAUGAAGUAUGUAGUUUAAAAAAGAAUAUAGUGUGAUUUUU